CUGGCUUAACAGGGCUAAGCACACUGUCACACUGUCUAAGAAACUAGCCACCCACGGUCUGAGGUGACUCAGGGCUUUCACAGAAGAGAAGGUGGCCAUUCCAGUAAGCAGUAGUCAGUCAGGAGUGACAGUGAGAGGCCCGUUGAUCCUGACAGACAGGUUGGACUCCAGUAUGCAGUUGGUGUGUUAAGGAUGGAGGAUUCUAGUUUGUGUCUUGGUGUGUCAUCAGCGGUGCCUGAUGCUGAUGCCCAUCUGAGCAGUGCAGUCUUGAAUGGCCGCUACCCCAUAAGUCAAAAGCUUCACCAGCUUACUGCCCAGCUAGGACACGCCUUUCCUGACCUACACCGCCCACAACAGAUCCCUGAAGAGAAAGCAGCCACACCUUUGGACGAGAAGACCCACCACGCAGCCCUGGCUAGUCAACCUAUCAGCAGUCAGAUGGCCCUGUUAGCCAAUCAGCUCAACCGAGACAUUGACGCAGGGGCACUAAGUGGGCUGAAUGGGCGUGUAGACCUGCAGCAGUUUCUCAAUGGCCAGAACUUGGGCAUCAUGUCCCAGAUGAAUGAUAUCGAAGAUGAUGCCCGUAAGAAUAGGAAGUAUCCCUGUCCAUUGUGCGGUAAGCGCUUCCGUUUUAACAGCAUCUUGUCACUGCACAUGCGCACACACACAGGAGAGAAGCCCUUUAAGUGCCCCUACUGUGACCACCGAGCAGCUCAAAAGGGCAACUUGAAGAUCCACCUCCGCACCCAUAAGCUGGGGAAUCUUGGUAAGGGCCGUGGCCGUGUCAGAGAGGAAAAUAGGCUGCUGCAUGAGCUAGAGGAGAGGGCCAUUCUGAGGGACAAACAGAUGAGAGGGAGCGGCAGUCUCCUCCAGACAGCUCAAACACCCCAUCUGGGUACCAAUAGCAGCUCUAACACCCAGCAGCAGCAACUAGGCUCAGCCUGUGGCCUCCUUCCACCCUCUGGCCUUGCCACUCCAGACACAAUUUCCCAGCCUUCUUCUUCACCCAAGCCAGCUGGCACCCAGGAUGAACAGUCCCUGAACCCAACUACAGGCUUCCGCUGUACAUUCUGCAAAGGGAAGUUCAAGAAGCGUGAGGAGCUGGACCGCCAUAUUCGCAUACUCCACAAGCCCUACAAAUGUACUCUGUGUGAGUUUGCUGCCUCCCAUGAAGAGGAGCUGAUAAGUCAUGUGGAAAAGGCCCACAUCACAGCCGAGACUACACAGGGCCAGGGUGCUGGUGGCGCCGGUGGCAUGCAGAUGGCCACUGAAUUCCGCUGUGAUGUGUGUGGACAGGUGUUCAGCCAAGCUUGGUUCCUCAAGGGCCACAUGCGCAAGCACAAGGACUCCUUUGAACACUGCUGCCAAAUCUGUGGCCGUCGCUUCAAGGAACCAUGGUUCCUCAAGAACCAUAUGAAGGUACAUCUCAACAAGCUGGCCAUCAAGAGCAAGCCACCCCAGCCCAGUGAGCAGGACAUGGCUGCUGUCAAUAGCAUGAGCAAUCUGGCUCAGGAAGCUCAUGCCAACCUUUAUUCCCGCUACAUCUCCUGUCUUCAGGGAGGUUUCCUUUCACCAGACAAACAGGGCCUGAGUGAGCAGCACCAGAUGUUGGCUAAAGCAGGGAUAGCCAUGAAGGAAAAAGAGAUGUUAGGGAAGCUGCUUGGGCCAAUGGCAGGAGGUAUGGGCCAUGGCCUAGCCGAAAAUGAGAAGCGCUCACUCCUGGGUUGUUUAAACCUUGUGCAACCACUCAAGUCGAGCUGCAUGGAGCGCCUCCAGGCAGCUGCAAAAGUGGCAGAGAUGGAUUCCCUCAGUAGCUACCAAGCCUGGCAGAUAAUGGCUCGUGGCAUGGCUAUGGACAGGGCAUUCAUGCCUAAGGAGCAGCAGCAGCACCAGCAUCAUAUACCCCCAGGGCAAGAAGAUGAGAUUGGUGGUGCUGGGGCCUUGGCUUCUUUCUCAAAGGAUAAACAAGACUACUCCUUGAUUUCUUCCAAUGAUAGCUCCAAGCAGAAGCAGCUCCCAGAGACCUUGCAAGGAUCCAAAGCCUCUAGUGGAGCCAUGAUGUCCAUGAAGGAGGAUGGAAGAGGCUUUGACGGUCACCGUGACUUAAUGUCUCACCAUGGUAAUGCUGAGGCUCCUGGAGCCCUGGCCGGCUUGGGAAGCCCAAACAUUGACUACAGUGUGUCCAGCCUCUCCGGCCUUAAGGAGAAGCCUUCAGAGUGCCCUGACUGUGGCCGAAUCUUCAGAACCUACCAUCAGAUGGUUGUCCACUCCCGCAUCCAUGGCAAAGACAGGAGAGGCAUUGAGGAAGUGCUCCAACAACAAGGUCUGGACGAACGCCGUGGAUCAGCCAGUGACCCCGAGUCUCAGUCUAUCAGCCGCUCCACCACUCCUGGUUCAUCCAACGUGACAGAAGAGAGUGGAGCUGGAGGAGGACACUCCCAGACUGGAAGUGUCCAGGAUGACAGCCCACAUCCCUCCUCACCAUCUUCAGAUGUUGGGGAGGACUUGGGGAAGGCAGCAGGGAGUAUUCAGCCGCCUCUGUCCCAGCAUCGUGAGCGGAGUCUGGGCACAUCUUCCAAGGAUUGCCCCUACUGUGGCAAGUCUUUCCGCACCUCCCAUCAUCUCAAAGUCCAUCUGCGGAUACACACAGGAGAGAAACCCUACCGAUGCCCUCAUUGUGACUAUGCCGGCACCCAGUCUGCCAGUCUGAAGUACCACCUGGAGCGCCAUCACCGUGAACGUCAAAAUGGCUCCACCACCUCAGGCCCAUCCUCUGGCCACACCCCUUCCUCUGACCACAAAGAGGAUCAUGGGAAGACAGCCGGAGGUGGCAUCUUUGCCCGACCAGAUGUCCUCCGUAAUGUUUUCAAGGGAAUGCCUCCCAACCUAGACUUCAGGGCAGGUCCGUUGCUGCCACAUCAGUGGGCGUCGGCUGGCAUGAUGUCUCCGCAUGACCGAGACCGUGAGCGUGGAGACCGCCGUUUUGAUUCUGCCUCUUCAGCUGAGAACAUGAAGUCUGCUGAUGGCCCGUCCUCCCUUGUCUCAACAGUGACAGAUAGUCCCGCCAGCUUCUCUGACCUAAGCAGGGCUUACCAAAGCAUGAUGGGAAACGGAGUCCACUUUCAAGGUUCUCUUCAGGCCUUCAUGGACAGCUUUGUCCUCAGUUCCAUGAAGAAGGAUAUUAAGGACAACCAGAGUCCAGUCCAGCUCCAAGCCCAGCUCUACCAUGAUAAUGGUGAGCCCAAAGCCAAGCGGGCCAUCUCAGUUGACCAGGACAGAGAGGAUAAGGCUGAAGGCAAACAGAACUCAGAGCAUGGCAAACCUGGGUCACAGUAUGAACCACUUGAUCUUUCUGUGUCAGUCCGGCCUGAAUCUGCAUCCGGAUCUCUUCCCGGCUCCUCAAUCACCAUCCACGAUAAUGUGGCAUGGCAUGGCUGCCUCUUUUGCUCCUUCUCAACAUCCUCAUUGGAGCUCAUGGCUAUGCACCUCCAGGCCAAUCACCUGGGUAAGGCCCAACUGCAGCGGUCUGAUACAGGCAAGGAGCUUCAUGGAGAGACUUCUCCCACCACCUCCACCAUUCACUCCUCCAACACCAAGACUACUGGUGUGGCCCUUGACAAAGAUGGAGACAGAGAUGGAGAGAAAAGCCAGGGAGGCUGGAACAACCACAUGGACCAGCCCUACAAUCCCUUCCAGAGUGACUUCUACAGACGGUUUGGUGGCUUGUAUGAUGGAUCACCUAGGGCCAACCAGGGCCUUCAAGGAUAUAUAGCCCCAGCAGAGCAGGGUCUAGAGCUACCUGGCCAGGCUUUUGGAGGGGCAUCUUCAGCCGGGGAUGACCAGAUUGCUGAAAGGGGCUCCCGUGGAGAUGCUGAAGAGGACCUGGUGGGAUCAGAUGAUGAGGUUGUAAAGGCUGGGUUGCACAGCGCCAGUGGGACCCCCUCAACCACCCCCAAGAGACAGCAGCAACAUAAUCAGUCUGAUGAAGAAGAAGAGGAGGGAGGAGUGGCUGAAGAUGACGAAGAAAGAGAUGAGGAUGGGCAAAUGGACAUGGAGAGAGAGGAAGAAGGAAGUCCAGCUUCAGACAACCUCCAGAACCACCCAAAACAUCUCCAAGAUGACUCUUCUUUGCCCCCUAGGAGUGGUGCUGGUUUGGCAGCAUCUUCCUCCAUCAUGACACCACUUUCUCUGGUUCCCCAACCCCAGAACCAGGUUUUGCCGCUGGAGAAGCAGUGGCAGCAGGGCCUGGGCCUCCUGUCUCCCAGUGGUCCUCCAGGACUGUUGAAGGCUGAGCAGCAGACCCACCUAGAGCAGCAGAUGAACAUGCUUUCUGUCCUCAGAGCCUACAGCAAUGACAACAUCCCUGCAUUCAACGGCCUGGGAGGUGGAGUAGGAGGAGCACCCACAGGGGGCAUGAAGAGGCCAGAUGCACAUGUGCAUCUGUGGGUGGGAGAGGAGGACCAGCCCAUGCCCCAUGACCCCGCGCUGACCCACGACCCCAACCAUCUUAACAACGACCUUAACCACCCUAACAACCAUAACCUAGGCGAACCUGAGGGGCUGGAUGCCCAAGCUGUAAACAAAGACUAAUGGCCCAGACCGGAGCAAGGCAGGAUGAUGAGGAUGAGGAUGAUGAUGAAGCAAUGAUGAUGAUGAGGAGGAGGAUGAAGGAUAAAUGAAGGAAUACACUAUAACAAAGACUUUAUUUAAGAUGAAAAAAAAAACACAUACUACCGUCAGAGUCAAGAGAAGGCGAGAACUAUAUGAAGGAAAGUUUGGGAGUUUCCUUUGGGGACGGAUUUACGGGAUGGACCUAAUGGCUUUUGCAAGCGUUCUUGGACACUAAACAAAGUGACGGCAAUUUUCCUGUUUUGUCUCCUGUGGUCUGAAUGCCCCUUGUCUUUCUUGUCCUAUCUCUUAUAAAAUGUUUUUGUUUUUUUUUUUCUUCUUUUGAUGAAACUACCUGUCUGAUUAGCAAUUCUUGUAACUGGCCCCACAAUUUCUGAUACAUUCCUUGAACUAGAAAGUUAUGUCUUUUUUUAGUUAGGACUGAAGUGUUGUGCUUAAUCAAUUGCUUUCAAAGACUUUUCUCUCCUGUCAAGUCCACGGACAACCAUUAUAUUGUACUGGAAUGUAUUCUACUGUAGAAUAGAAACUCAACUUUACUGGACUGUUGACAGAGACCAAGCACAUUUCCUGUCAGACCAGCCACUUUUGGCUCUGCUAUCAGCUGUCAUAGAGUCACUAUUUAUGUCCCAUGGCCAUGCAUCACCCUGAUUAUGGUUAACAAAGGACAGGGCACCAUAUGACAAUCUACAAUACAAGU